AGGGGAGGUUUCCCGUUUCCGGCUGUCAUCCCGAUAGACGCCUGCCACUACCCGUGUGUUUAUACUCGAUUUUUUUUACUGAAUUUCCAAAUAAUUUGUACAAGUUUUGUCAAUAGUGUGCCAUUAUUGUGUAUAAUUAAUAAAUUAUUACAUGAGUCAAGAAGAGAGUGUUAGGUUGUAAAAAAAAAGUGGAAAUCGCAACAUGGCUUGGCGAUUUAAGGCAUCCAAAUAUAAAAAUGCUGCGCCUAUUGUACCUAAAUCGGAAUCUUGGAUCCGCGAUAUUUUCGUCGGAUCAUAUCAAACUUAUGGCAAUAAUAUUGCAGCAUCUGCCGCUUUUAUGGCAUUUAAUGUCGAUCACAAUGGAUCUAGUUUAGCAGUGUUGCCGUUAGAAGAUUGCGGUAGAAAAAGUAAGACGAUGCCUUUAUUACAUGCCCAUGCGGAUACAGUAACUGACAUGGAUUUCUCACCAUUUCAUGAUGGUUUACUUGCAACUGGUUCACAGGAUUGUCUUGUAAAAUUAUGGCACAUUCCGGAAAGUGGAUUAGAGGAAUCACUUUGUAAUCCGGAAUGUACAUUUUCUCAUCGACAACGACGAGUUGAAGUGGUUCGUUGGCAUCCUACAGCAGAACAUUUAUUAACGACUGUUUCAUACACAAAUCUUUCACUUUGGGAUGUUCUUUCACAAAAAGAACUUUUCUCCACUAAUGAGCAUUCAGAUGUAAUUCAAUCUGUAAGUUGGAAGCAAGACGGUACAAUGCUUGCAACAUCUUGCAAAGAUAAACAGAUAAGAAUUAUUGAUCCUCGAGCUCCUAAAAAUGUUGUUAAUUCAUCACCGAGUCAUCAAAGUAUAAAAGAUUCAAGAAUCGUUUGGUUAGGCAACGGCGAUCGUUUAUUAACAACUGGUUUUGAUUCAGCACGACUUCGUCAAGUUUGCAUAAGAGAUUUGAGAAAUCUCAAUGAUCCAAUCAAGACUUUAGAGCUCGAUUGUAGUACAGGAAUUUUAAUGCCUCUCUUCGAUCCGGACACAAAUAUGCUUUUCCUGGCUGGCAAAGGUGACACGACUAUUAUUUAUAUGGAAGUAACGGAAAAAGAUCCUUACCUUGUGGAGGGAAUUCGUCACAGUGGAGAACAAACGAAAGGUGUUUGCUUAGUGCCAAAACGUGCAUUGAAUGUGAUGCAGGCAGAAGUUAACAGAUUAUUGCAGUUAACGUCCAAUAUGGUUAUUCCCAUCAUGUAUCAAGUUCCACGAAAAACAUACCGAGAUUUCCACGCAGAUAUUUAUCCAGAUACGACUGGAUGUGUUAGUAAUAAUACCGCAGCUGCAUGGAUUAAGGGAAAUGAUGAACCAGUUCCAAAAAUUUCACUCGAUCCUUCCAAGAGAACAAAAGGCGAAGAAGCAAUCACGGUACACAAAGGGAAUUUAUCAUCGCUGAAAGAUAAUCAAAUGGAAAUCAAAAUGGAGAUGACACGACAACAAAAAUCAAUAGCAAUUACUGCACCAAAGGGUUAUUCAAAAGUACAAGCCAUCAUUCAAGAAAAGGAUUCAAAAAUUGAAAAAUUUUCUGAAGAAAUGGAUGAAGCAAUUAUAAAAAUGGAAAAACAGGAAAAAACUGAAAAACCAGAGAAGCCGGAAAAAUUGGAGAAAUCUGACAAGGAAGAUGAAAAAUUUAAAUUACAAAAUGGAGCUUCUCAUCCGACUCCACCGAAACCACUACCUCGUGCUUCCAGAGCAAAUAGUCUUUCUGAAGAGGAACCAAAACCCGUUGCACGUCCUCGAACAACUCCAAGUCCUGGAUCGGUGGUAACAUCCGUAAAUCCAAACAUUGUUGGAGGAUACAAGCCUCGUCUUGGACCAAAACCAUUUCAAGCGAAAUCUGGUAAUCAGGAAUUUUCAUUUGACAAAGUAUUUUCCGUGCCAGUUGCACCAACGAAUGAAAAUAAUGGCUAUUUAAACGACUGUAAUAUACAGACGGAAGCCAAUUCAGAGAAGACUGAUGCCGAAAAAUCUCCAACACAGGAAAAUGAUCGUGUCAAGGAGGCUGAAAAUGGAAAAAGUGAUUCAAGUUCCAUAGAAGAAGAUGCGAAUUCCAGUGAUUCUGGAUAUAAGCCAAAAACACCGAGCACUGCCGAGAGACGUAAAUUGUUUGAAUCUAAAGUCAAGGAUGAAUCGCCAGAGAAUGAGGAUUCGGGAAAUUUUGAAAGAGGAAAUGUUAAUAGAAAUUCAAUCGCCGAGAGAAGGAGAUUAUAUGAGAGUCGUUCAGUGUCGGUAACAGAUGGUAAUUUGGCGGAGAAAGCAAUGGGAUCACCAACACCAUUGAGACGAAGGGAUUCAUUUAAAACGAAAAAUGAAAUUAUCAAAGAGGAGGAAGUUAAGAAAAAUGUACCAAUUUUACGACAACAAAGCAUGGAUCCAAGGUUAGAGAAACCUGAACCAACGCCUACUCCAAAAAGAACAUCUACUGUUUUUGGUCGAGUUUCGAAAUUUAGACACUUGAAAGGUACUCCUGGUCAUAAAUCUACUCACAUUGAAAACAUUCGAAAUAUCAGUCGACAAAUAUCUGGAGAGUGCGAUGGAUUUCAUGCAAAUGCAGAUCGGGUGGCGGUACCUUUAAGUGGACCAGGUGGAAAAAUAGCAGUUUUAGAAUUAAAAAAAACCGGAAGACUACCAGAUGGUGUUAUGCCUGCAUUAGUGCAUGGUGCAACUGUUAUGGAUUUCCAAUGGGAUCCGUUUAAUAAUCAACGACUUGCAGUCGCUUGUGACGAUGGAAUGAUUCGAUUGUGGGAAAUACCAGCAACAGGUUUAACGGAGCCAACUAACGAGCCGGCUUUUACUGUUGAAGCACACACAGACAAAAUUUAUCUUAUUAAAUACCAUCCGUUAGCACUGAAUAUUCUAGCUUCUGCUUCCUAUGACAUGAGUGUAAAAAUUUGGGAUUUGGAACCAUUAUCUUCCGGUGAAUUUGUUAAGGCAAAAAUUACUUUAAUGGGACAUACAGAUCAAAUUUUUAGUCUCGCGUGGUCUCCAUGUGGUCAAUAUCUUGCGAGUACUUGCAAAGAUGGAAAAAUUCGAAUAUAUAAGCCGCGAAGCAAUGACACUCCAAUUCGUGAGGGAAAAGGACCGGUGGGCACAAGAGGAGCACGAAUUGUUUGGGCACUCGAUGGUCGAUAUUUAGUUGUGAUGGGUUUUGAUAAAGUUUCAGAAAGACAAAUCAUGGUUUUCAAAGCGGAUAAUCUUAAUUCUUCAUUGAAUACAGUUGGUUUAGACGUUUCGCCGGCAAUUUUAAUGCCAUUUUAUGAUGAGGAUAGUUCAACAUUAUUCCUGACUGGUCGGGGGGAUUCGACAAUUUAUGCAUUCGAAGUGACUGAGGAAGCUCCGUAUUGUUGUCCUCUGAGUCAUCAUCGAUGUGCAACUUUACAUCAGGGAUUAUCAUUUCUCCCAAAAAAUAAAUGUGAUGUUGCAAGUGUUGAAUUCGCUUCUGCUUUGAGGCUUACAAAUAAUACUAUUGAGCCAUUGAGUUUUACGGUGCCACGAAUCAAAAGUGAACUUUUCCAAGAUGAUCUUUUCCCACCAACGAAAAUUACUUGGAAAUAUACAAUGACUUCCGGUGAAUGGUUUGAAGGAGGAAAUAAACAACCAACAAGAAUCAGCCUCAAACCACCGGGAAUGGAUUGUUUGACUGAAAAUCAAGGACAAGCUGUUGUCACAGCUCCUGUAGCUGCAAAACAAAAUUUUCAUAAUUCAUCUCAGCCGUACAAUAGGUCAGGAUGGAACCAAGAUAACACUAGUCACUCUAAAACAAAUGAGAUUCAAAAAACUUUGAGCAAUCUUUUGGGAGAAGUUAUUCAGUGUCCUUUGGAGCAAGAUCAAAUGGAUGGUGUGGAUGAACACGAAUGGGAUGAUUGAAUGCAGCAUGAAUUCUAGAGAGCAAGUCACGAAAUUCGGUGAUAGAUUAAUUUAUCUUCGAUUAAAUUGAUUGACACUUAAUUAUAGUAGAAAUUACUAUAUUGAAUAAUCUAAUUUUUUUUAUGCUAAUGAAUGGUUCUGUUUUUUGGGCCAUGCCAUAAAUGUAUUUUUCUAUUUAUUCUGCUUUUUUGUGAAUAUUAUUUUCAAAUGAUUUGUGUGUAAUGUAAAUGUAUUUUUUUUUUAAUUUACAUUUGUUCCAUAUUGAUUGUGUUAUUUCCGAAAUAGCUAAUGAUGAUUUUUAUGCCUAAUUGAAUUGUAAAACUACCAACGUAAUUAUAGCUUAAGAAGUUUAGUUAAAAUAUUUAUUAAUUUAGGUAUAUUCAACUGUUAGCAAAUAAUUAUAUACAUGUCCAAGACAAACUUUUUAUUAUUGACAAUUUGUUGCUCAAUGAUUGAAAAUUAUAUUAGACAAAAGUAUAAUUUUUCUUUAUAUACAUUUUUUUCGGCGUAUUUUUUUAUUUAUUAUUAUUAUUUUGUUUUUUGUUUUUUUUUUUUUUUUUUUAUGUAACGGACGAAGUUUUGAAAAUGAAUCAUGCGUGAUUAUAGCUCUAGUCUGGAGGUGAUUUUUUAGUAUUUUCCAUUAUGCCUAAUCUUAAAAAAAAAAAAAAAAAACCAGUAA